AUGCCAUUUGUGAAAAAAGCACGGCAGAUUCCAGGCCGUUUCACAGUCAUCGAUAAUAAAGCAAAGAAAUCCGGACUACGUGGAACAGUAUUCUCAGUCAAUGGCGAUAAUUAUACUGGAGAGUGGUUGGACAAUAAGAAACAUGGCUGGGGAACCCAGGAGUGGAAGACGUCUGGUGCCCUUUACAAUGGAGAGUGGAAGUUAGGGAAACAUGAGGGACAUGGCAUCUAUAGUGUACUUCUACCGGACACUAAGACGUACGUGACGCAGUACUGUGGCGAGUGGAAAAAUGGAAUGAAGCACGGACACGGUUCCUUCUUUUAUGCGACUGCCGUGUACGAGGGGGAGUGGAGUGAAGACAAUCGCAGUGGUUGGGGGAGACUCACCUAUAAGACCGGCGAUGUCUAUGAGGGCGAAUGGCUGAUGGACAAGGAGCACGGAAUGGGCGUCCUGCAGUUUGAGAACGGCAACUGGUAUGAAGGAUCUUGGAAGAACGGCAAGAAAAGCGGUCAUGGAAAGUUCUACUAUGCUGACAAAGGUCUGAUUUAUGAAGGCCUUUGGGUGGAGGGAGAUGCAAAAUGUGGCACUCUGUCUGAUUUUGGGAGAGAGGAAGCACCAUACCCACCCAAGUAUCCAAUUCCACAGGUCACACUAGUGGACAUGAAAAUGGUUUUAACAAAUGCCGAGUCAGUAUACCUGGAACAGACAUGA